UAAAGGAGCAACCCUCCACCGAGUGGUCUCAGUGUCUCGACGAGCAUAAUGAGUGAAAGGUGGCGUUUCGUCGUUGGGCGGACUAUAGUGGUUGUACUGCUCGUAGGAUAUUUCCCACCAGAUACGAUACAGGGCACGGUGAACGAUGAUCAACAAGAGCGAUGUAUUACGAGCUCCAAUAAGGCUGGUUAUUGUAUGCCGAAAGCGCAGUGUCACGAUCAGGAAAUAUUUGAUCUUCGAACAUUGCAAUCCUGCUCGAACGUCUCGCAGUACUGUUGUCCGAUAGUGGCGGACACCUCACCGUCAUGGAGCAGAAGGAAACAGUUCACCGAAUGCGACAGUAAUCGGGGGUACUGUGUAGCAAGUGGCAUGUGCAGUGUACGUACUUUUCGUUUGCGGUCAAAUAGAUGUCCUACGUUUGAGGAAGUGUGCUGCCCCAAGAAUGCAUUUCCGCCCGAAAAGUCGAUAGCGACCACCGAAUCAGCUAGAAUCGCCACUACUACCACAACUGAAUCUCCUACCAGUACCAGUACUGUGGCCAGCACCAGUACUACGACUCGGCAAGCUGUUACUCCUACAACGACCACCGUAAAGUCGACAGAUUAUCCAACGACGACGACGACGACGAUAACUGCCGGUCUGGAUGGGGGUGAUGCCUGGUCAUCAUCCAAUGGAAGUAAAAUUAAUGGGUUGAGCGAGACAGCGCCGACAACCGAAUCAUUUGGGCCGGAAGGGAUCACAGUUGUUGAACCGAAUGAAGAGAAUGAUCCCACCGACAGUAACAACGAUACGAACUUGCAAGAAAAUUCUGUCCUUACAAUUUCCGCUAGUGGUCCCCCACCUAAUCUAUCCGAUUCUAACAACACGCACAACACCUCCUCAUCCUUAUUGUCAGAAUUCACCCCCGAUAGCUUCACCUACCAUGAGUGCGGCCAUCGAAAUCCUUUCGGUGUUGUUGAGCACACGAUUAAUGAAGAGUUUCGAGCGGAGUACGGAGAAUUUCCCUGGAUGGUCGCAUUGUUUGAGCUCCCCGAGAUGCGCUAUUGCUGUAAUGGGGCACUGAUCGACAGCAACCUCGUCUUGACAACUGCACACUGCAUAACCCACUGUGGAGGCCAAGCGGCCCAGCUAGUAGUGAGGGUUGGCGAAUGGAACAUGAGUUCUUCAGAGGAAACCAUCCUACCCCGGGAAGAUAUCGGUGUACGGAGCGCGCACAUCCACACUGGGUAUGUCCCAUCCUCACUGAUCAACAACAUUGCCGUGCUGGAAAUGAACGAGUCGGUACAGUAUCAGGCCACGGUACAGCCGGUGUGUUUGCCGCCCGCAGAGCAGCUACGAAGCAGUGAAAACAUGAUGGCUACCGGAUGGGGCGCCAUGGUGGGCUUGGAUACUGCGUACACUCCCAUACUGAAGCGACUCGAUCUGCAGCGCGUGGAAACGAGCAUCUGCAAGCAGGAGCUGAAAAAGGGGCAUAGUCCGUUCAAGUUCACACUUCAUCAAAGCUUCGUGUGUGUCAGCGUGAACCAUCCGGAUCAGGAACGGCCGUGUGAUGGGGACGCUGGGUCUCCGGUUGUGGUCGAAAUACCGGACACGAUCGAUCGCUACUACCUGCACGGUUUGGUGUCGUGGGGUUACGGUUGUAAUCAGAACCGGAUCAAGCACACAGUACUGACGCAUGUGGCCUCUUUCCGACCUUGGAUAGAGCAGAUUAUACGAAGGCUAAAGAGGGACAUCAACCCGCGUAAGGGAGUCAAAGGGCUCAAAUAGGCAAUAAGUACACCCCACGACAGCACGAUCGUGUGGAAUAAUUUCUACCAAGUUCUGGGUAAUACAAUAAAAUACUAAAUCUCGGGAACAUUUA